AUUGGUAACCACUGUUGGUCUAUCGAUCUUAACUUCCCCCUGUCAUUGUUAGAACCAACUUCUUUGAUGGUGGAUACUGACCUUUCACCCAGUCAGCGAGGUGUUUUCACAUGUAAAGUCAUACCAUUAUCAAAUGUUUCUUAUAUAACAGCAAUAUAGGCAAACUCUCUUUUUCUUCUCUUUUUUUCAUUACCCUCUUCAUCAUUCAAUAAUUAAAAAAAGUUAAACAACAUACUUCUCGUUUAAAACAGCCAUGUCCGCUCCUUCAAGCCGUCUCAACCAACUCACGUCCCACAUGCAAUCUUCCCAAGACGUCUCUUUCUUUCAACAAAUCCCUCAGGCCGCUCCUGAUGCCAUCUUCCACUUGACCGCUCAGUACCAGGCCGACACUGAUCCUCGUAAGGUCAAUGUCGGUGUUGGCGCGUAUAGAGAUGAUAACCUCAAGCCUUACAUUCUUCCUGUCGUGAAAAAGGCCGAUUCAAUCUUAUUCCAUAACCAAAACUUGGAUCAUGAAUACCAACCUAUUGCUGGUCAAAAGACAUACACCAAGGCUUCUUCCAAACUCAUCUUGGGAGAGGAUAGCCCUGCUUUCCAACAAAACCGUGUGGUUGCAAUCCAAACCAUUUCCGGUACCGGCGCCAAUCAUACAGCCGCUGCAUUCUUGGCCAAGUUCCAUAAGAAGGGAGCGAUCUGUCUUUUGUCAAAGCCUACUUGGGCCAACCACAAGGCUAUUUUCAACAAUGUUGGCAUUCAAGUCGCCGAAUACCCUUACUGGAACCCUAGCACACGUGGUUUGGAUUUGGAGGGCAUGCUGGCUGCUUUGGAAGACGCCCCCGAAGAGUCUAUUGUUUUGCUCCAUGCUUGUGCUCACAACCCCACUGGUGUAGAUCCCACCAGGGAACAGUGGCAACGCAUUGCCGAUGUGGUACAGAAAAAGAAGCACUUCCCAUUCUUUGAUUGUGCUUAUCAAGGAUUUGCUUCGGGUAACUUGGAUCAAGAUGCAUGGGCUGUACGUUACUUUGUUGAACGCGGUUUUGAAUUGUUCGUCUGUCAGUCCUUUGCAAAGAACUUUGGUUUGUACGGUGAGCGUGCAGGUAAUCUCACGGUGGUAACCCGUACUGCUGAACAAGCACAGCAUGUCUUGUCGCAACUUGAAAUUUUGCAAAGAUCCGAAAUCUCUAACCCACCUGCUUACGGCUCACGCAUCGUUGAUUUGGUACUUAACGACAAGCAACUCUAUGCUGAAUGGAAUGACAACUUGGGUACCAUGUCUGGACGCAUCAUCGAAAUGAGAAAGCGUCUGUUUGAAAAGUUGCAACAACUCCAAACUCCUGGUACCUGGAACCAUAUUGUUGAUCAGAUUGGCAUGUUUUCCUUUACCGGUUUAUCACCCGCUCAAGUCAAGGUCCUCAAGGAACAAUACCAUAUUUACAUGACUGAUAAUGGUCGCAUAUCCAUGGCCGGACUAUCUUCCAAGAAUGUCGAUUACUUUGCUGAGUCCAUCGAUAAGGUUGUUCGCUCCGUCUAAAACCUUUGUUGCCACUGAAAGAUAAACCCGUAAAUACAAUAAAAAGAAACUUCAAUAGUACAUGUAGUAGCCUUUAAAAAAAAUUUAGGUU